AUGGCGUCUUAUACUUGCAUCACUUGCCGUGUGGCCUUCACAGAUGCCGAUGUCCAGCGUGCCCACUACAAGACCGACUGGCACCGGUACAACCUGAAGCGGAAAGUGGCCGCAAUGCCUCCAGUCACGGCUGAGGACUUCCAGGAGAGGGUUCUGGCCCAGAGGGCUGGCCUGGAGCAGCAAAGCCAGGCCUCCGCCACGUACUGCACAGCUUGCAGCAAGCGCUUUUCCAACUUCAGCGCCUAUGAGAACCACCUCAAGUCCAAGAAGCACUUGGAACUUGAAAAGAAGGCCGUUCAAGCGGUCAGCAAGAAGGUGGAGCUCUUGAACGAGAAGAACUUGGAGAAAGGGCUCACCCUAGACAACGCCAGCAAGGAUACCAUGAAUGCUGCCAUCCAGCAGGCCAUCAAAGCCCAGCCGUCGUCCUCGCCAAAGAAGACCUCUUUGUCACCUAGCCAGGCCGCUGGCUCUCCGGUCACCGCAGAAAGCUACCGCUCGCAGAGGAGCAGAGAGCGAGUGGAGAAGCCCCCCCGAGUUCAGUGGUUUGAGCAGCAGGCCAAGAAGCUGACGAAGGAGUCUGACGAGGAAGGGGAGGAGGAGGAGGAAGGUAACAGUUGGGAAGAUAUCGACUCGGAUGAGGAUGCAGAGUCUGCAGAAGAGACGAUGGAAGGAAACGGCGAGGAAGCUGGAGAGAGCAUGGCCGGGCAGGACCACCUCCGCCCCAAGGCGAUCCCCGUGACAGACUGCUUGUUCUGCUCCCACCAUUCCAGUUCCCUCAUGAAAAAUGUGUCCCACAUGACAAAGGUGCACAGUUUCUUUAUCCCAGAUAUAGAAUAUCUGGUGGAUCUCCGAGAGCUGAUUAAGUACUUAGGAGAGAAGGUUGGAGUUGGAAAGAUCUGCCUGUGGUGCAACGAGAAGGGGAAGUCCUUCUACACCACCGAAUCUGUGCAGGCACAUAUGAACGACAAAAGCCACUGCAAGCUCUUCACCGAAGGAGAUGCUGCCCUGGAGUUUGCCGACUUCUAUGAUUUCAGGAGCAGUUACCCUGAUUAUCAGGAAGGAGAGGAUGUGGAAGUGUCUAAAGAGCUGCCAUCGGAGAAGAAUUUGGAGUACGACGAUGAAUCUAUGGAGUUAAUUUUACCAUCGGGUGCCAGGAUAGGUCACCGCUCUUUGAUGAGGUACUACAAGCAGAGAUUCGGUUCCUCGCAAGCAGUGGCCGUCAGUAAAAAUAAGCAAAGAGUGGGCAGAGUCGUGCAGCAGUAUAAGGCCUUGGGCUGGACAGGCAGCACCGGUGCAGCGCUGGCUCAUGAGCGGGACAUGCAGUACCUUCAGCGCAUGAAAGCGAAAUGGAUGCUGAAAACCGGUAUGCAGAACAACGCUACCAAGCAGAGACAUUUCCGCAUGCAAGUCAGGUUCUGAGAAACUUU